UGCUUAGUUGUUUUUUUUUACAGUUGCAGGCACAAUGAUCUAUGUAGAAAAGCAUUAAAAACCCCAGGUAUUUAUCGUGGGAUUCAACACGUUCAUCAAAAUCGCGUACUUGGAUUUCAAUACAAAGGAGACGCCAUCUGUUUUAUGAAGCUUUCAUGUGUGCGCACUCAUCCAUACGGGGGGGAGCACACUUCUGGAAUCAGGGCAGGCAAGGCUUUUCUGUUGCUAUUGUGGGGGGAAAGGGGACCCUGACUCUUGCACUGUACGAGCACCGUGCGUCUGCCUCCUGAGCGAGCCUCUGUCAAGACUGCAGCGACGACCUGCGAGGUUAAGCGAGCUAUUUUCGUCCUGCGGCGGUCUGGGAGCCGGCGAGGGGUGGGCACAGGGCUCGGAGCGCACAGCCUCUCAAAAGGGCGUCGCCCCGGCCGGACGCACCAGACGUGCCCAGAGAUUUCUAGCCGUGUAGCAAGAAGGCGAUUUCUCUCCCAAAGAUCCCGACGCUGACCGACAGCCCCACUGCAUUUCAGGAUGGUGUAUCACCCGGAGUUCGAGCGGGCCGGGCAGGAGGCGGGCCUGCAGGUGUGGAGGAUCGAGAAGAUGGACCUGGUGCCGGUGCCGGCGAACCUGUACGGGGAUUUCUACACCGGCGACGCGUACGUCGUCCUCAACACCAUCAAGCAGCGCUCCGGCCAGCUGCAGUACGACCUGCACUUCUGGCUCGGGGACUUCUGCACGCAGGACGAGAGCGGGGCGGCGGCCAUCUUCACGGUGCAGAUGGACGACUACCUGGGCGGCAAACCCAUCCAGUACCGGGAGGUGCAGGGGUUCGAGUCCCGCGCCUUCCUGGGGUACUUCAAAUCCGGCAUUAAAUACAUGAAAGGGGGCGUGGCUUCGGGGUUCAGGCACGUGGUGACCAAUGAGGUCAACGUCCACCGCCUGCUGCAGGUGAAGGGUCGCCGUGUUAUCAGGGCGACGGAAGUACCGGUCAGCUGGGACAGCUUCAACCAGGGAGACUGCUUCAUCCUGGACCUGGGCAGUGAGGUCUACCAGUGGUGUGGCUCCAACAGCAACAAAUUCGAGAAGCUGAAGGCCACCCAGGUGGCCAAGGGUAUCCGUGACAACGAGCGCAGCGGGCGUGCCCAGGUCUACGUGUGCAAUGAGGGCGCGGAGCGCGAGAAGAUGCUGGAGGUUCUGGGACCGAAGCCGGAUCUGCCCGAAGGAGGUGCUGACGACCUCAAAGCCGAUGCAUCCAACAGGAAGAUGGCGAAGCUGUACAAGGUGUCCAAUGCCAGUGGGAGUAUGGCCGUCGCCCUCGUGGCCGCCGAGAACCCCUUCUCCCAGACCUCCCUGGAGUCCGGGGACUGCUUCAUCCUGGACCACGGCUCCGACGGCAAGAUCUUCGUCUGGAAAGGUAAGGAUGCCAACACAGAGGAGAGGAAGGCAGCCCUGAAGACGGCCGAUGAGUUCAUUAAGAAGAUGGGCUAUCCCAAGCACACCCAGGUUCAGAUCCUGCCCGAGAUGGGGGAGACGCCUCUGUUCAAGCAGUUCUUCAAGAACUGGCGGGACCUGUACCAGACGGAGGGCCUGGGCGUGGCCUACGUGGCCAACAGCAUCGCCAAGAUCGAGAAGGUGCCGUUCGACGCCUCCACGCUGCACGACUCGCCGGCCAUGGCGGCUCAGCACGGGAUGGUGGACAACGGCUCGGGCGAGAAACAGAUCUGGAGGAUCGAGGGCUCCGACAAGGUGCCGGUGGACCCCUCCACCUACGGGCAGUUCUACGGAGGAGACAGCUACAUCAUCCUGUACAACUACAACCACGGCGGCCGGCAGGGACACAUCAUCUACAUGUGGCAAGGGUCCGACUCCUCCCAGGACGAGAUCGGCGCCUCGGCCAUUCUGGCGGCCCAGCUGGAUGAAGCGCUGGGAGGGGGUCCCGUCCAGGUCAAAGGCGCUCGUAUCACUACCCAGGUGCGGGUCGUCCAGGGCAAGGAGCCGGCGCACCUCAUUAGCCUUUUCGGGGGACAGCCCAUGGUGGUGUACAAGGGGGGCACGUCCCGCGAGGGGGGGCAGACGGCGCCUGCCGAGACGCGGCUCUUCCAGGUGCGCUCCAGCUCGGCAGGGUGCACCCGGGCUGUGGAGGUUGACACCACAGCCUCCAACCUCAACUCCAACGAUGCCUUUGUCCUGGUGACCCCUGGUGCCUCCUUCCUGUGGGUCGGACAGGGGGCCAGCAGCACGGAGAAGACGGGAGCCCAGCAGCUGUGUGGAAUUCUGGGAGUGUCCGCCUCUGAGCUGGCGGAGGGCGGAGAGACUGAUGACUUCUGGGGGGCUCUCGGAGGGAAGGCGGACUACCGCACCUCUGCUAGGCUCAAGGACAAGAUGGAGGCUCACCCACCUCGACUCUUCGCCUGCUCCAACAAGACCGGGCGCUUCAUUAUCGAGGAGGUGCCAGGGGAGAUGACGCAGGAAGACCUGGCCACUGACGAUGUUAUGAUUCUGGACACCUGGGACCAGGUCUUUGUGUGGAUCGGGGACGAAGCCCAGGAAGAAGAGAAGACGGAGGCGAUGGCUUCAGCUGCCCGCUACAUCGAGACCGACCCUGCCAACCGGGACCCUCGCACGCCCAUCGUGAAGAUCAAACAAGGGUUCGAGCCCCCCACCUUCACGGGCUGGUUCCUGGGCUGGAGUCACGACUACUGGAGCACCGACCCCUUGGAGCGUGCCAUGGCUGACCUGCAGGUGUGACCUCUGACCUCUGACCCCCACCCCGACCAAUCAGAGAGCUGCCUUAUCCUGGAGCUGCAGUCUAACUUUCCCGCCUCCACUCUACAGUCUCCACCCACUGCCCCCCCCACCCGCCAUGCCUUUAGACAGGACUGUGUUUAGGUUGCUUUUCAUUUAGCUGAGAGUCCAAAAUGACCCCUCCGCCUUUUUGUAGCCAGGGUUAAAAAAUACAUCUGUUUGCUGUAGAAACUGACUGAAAGAGAAAGACUGCGUGACGAUCAGGAUACACAUUGCAAAGGGUGACCAUUUAUCUUCGUUGUAAAGGCUGUAUGAAUAACUCAAGAGAAUAGUUUUGAGUCUCUUUUGCGGUUUAAGAGUACAAAAUACAUAGGAAAAGUCAUAACUGUCUCCCAGAUUAAGGGCUAAAAUUGACUGUUAUCCUGAAAUGAGAUGAGUGAGGAUUAACCAAAUCUACCGCAUAAUACACAAGCACUUAAUCCUGCUGGUCCCUGAUGGGUACUUUGUACCAAUGUAAAUCUUACAGCAGGUUUUUGGAAAGGCCAUAAUGUCGUCAGAUUCAAAGCAGAAAGGAAAACUGUUCUUGCAGAGCCAGAGGACAGACGGUGGAGAGCGCCUGUUUUGUCACGACAAACAGGCUGGACUCCUCUUGUAUGCUCCCUGUGUCCGACAGGCACUGGACUCGUUCAGCUGUGCAUUAGUUAUAGGGCCAGCUCUUUGCACAUACAAUCCUCCUAUGUGAUGUACUUAUCCGCGCUUUCUUUAUAAACUGAUUAAAAUUUUGAAAACCUGAA